AACCAUAAGUCGGGAUGCCUAGCGUUUCCUCGCGGACUUUCUGAGAAAGCACUUCCGCCCCCCACCGGAGGGGGCGGGGACUGGAAUAUCCGAUACGGUUCCGGCGAGAGCGACUGGAAAGGCACUUCCGGUGUCUGUUGCCAAGGCGCCGGCCGGCCCACGGGCCGAGAGGGCGACAUUGGUGGCGUCGCCCUCUGCCCCGUUCCCCGGGCGAGAUGUCGGGGCUCAGCCACCUGGAGACGGAGGGCUGCCGGAACCUGCUCGGCCUGCUGGACAAUGACGAGAUCAUGGCCCUGUGCGACACCGUCACCAACCGCCUGGUGCAGCCUGUGGACCGCCAAGAUGCUAUUCAUGCAAUAUUAGUAUAUAGCCAAAAUGUAGAAGAACUUCUGAGGCGCAAAAAAGUCCACCGAGAAGUCAUAUUUAGGUAUUUGGCAACACAAGGAGUGAUUGUACCUCCAACUACUGAAAAACACAAUCUUAUUCAGUAUGCAAAAGGUUACUGGGAAAAACAGUCACCAAAACUGAAGGAGACAGCAGAACCAGUUACAAAGACAGAGGAUAUCCAGCUCUUUCAACAGGCAAAAGAAGACAAAAAAACUGAAAAGAUUGAUUUUCGUCGCUUAGGAGAAGAAUUCUGUCUCUGGUUCUUUGAACUUCUUAAUUCUCAGAAUCCUUUCAUGGGGCCACCUCAGGACGGAUGGGGCCCGCAGCACUUCUGGCAUGAUGUCAAGCUUAGGUUUUAUUAUAGUACCUCAGAACAAAACAUGAUAGACUACCAUGGAGCAGAAAUCGUGAGCCUUCGUUUACUGUCUUUAGUGAAAGAGGAAUUUCUUUUUCUAAGUCCCAACCUCGAUUCUCAAGGACUAAAAUGUGCUUCUUCUCCUCAUGGAUUAGUUAUGGUUGGAGUCGCAGGGACUGUCCACAGAGGAAAUACUUGUUUGGGCAUAUUUGAACAAAUUUUUGGACUUAUCCGUAGCCCUUUUAUGGAAAAUACUUGGAAAAUCAAAUUUAUCAACCUGAGAAUUAUUGGAGGAGGUUCCCUUGCUCCCGGAGCAUCACUGAAACCAGCUGUUACAUUUGAACAGAGUGACCUGGAGGCCUUUUAUAAUGUAGUCACCUUGUGUAAUAGCACUGAAGGAAGACCUAAUGUCAACCAGACACUGGAUAGUGGAACUGGAGACCAGGUUUUAGGUAGUGGAGAUGAGGCGUUGUUGAACAAAAGGGAACUGAAUUUGCCUAACCCUCUGAAGCAUUGAGCACUGUGCAUCAGCUGGAAGUCGCUGCAGAAUCCCUUCCCAGCACAACGCUGAUCGUCUCUAAGUGAUUGCCGACGUGAGGAUUGACGUAUUUUAGCUGAAAUAUCUUUCUGGAUUCCAGGCUAAUGUGGAUAUUUGCUAUUUCUACCCGAGUUACAGCAAAUGUUGUGAGAACUUAUUGCAGUCCAUCAAAUAAAUCCUACUUGAGAUGUGGAUAACUGUGUGUCUUAGAAACCAUAGGUGGUAUUUGAAUUUAUUUAGUGAAAGCUUACAAUCUCUGAACCUCCAAGUGGCAGCAAUUAGUAGUAGUCAUGCUUAUUGGAUAUCUUACAAAUGGGUCUUACUAAAGUGCUUCUGAAAAAUAAAAACAAACCAAAAAGUAACAUUUUAGAGAUGCUUAGUAUAGUGUUACUAAUUAUAUAAAAUAUGAAUAAUAUACUUGUGCAAAGAGUCCAAUAAUUUAUCCUGGGAAGAAAAGCUUAUACUUCUUUUGAAGUGUCUCUUUCAAAUUAUCUGUUCUAGUCCAAGCAAAUUAUCUCAAAAUCUACUUUGCUCAACUAUUUUGGGCAGCAGAUGUUGUUUUCAACACAGACCUUAUUACUACUUAGGCUUCAGCCAACAGUUUUAUAGAACAUUGACUAUGAUACCCUAAAGAUGGAAACUGUGCUUUGAACAUUGAAAGGUGUGCACCAUUCCUAGGAAUCAAGUUACUGUUCUUCCCUACUGAUUGUGGCAGAGGUGAUUCUCCUCAAAAUAGAAACAGAGCCCCUUUAGAACUUACUUACAUGGCUGUGGAAAUAUGCAUACAUGUAGCCUAAAAAAAGGUUUUCACCUCUGUGUUACUAGAUUUGAGAUCCAAAGUUGAUUUGCCAGGUUAGAGUUUAAAUUUCUCAUCACCUGGUAACUAUUUGCUGAUCCUGGAUUUGGUUAAAAUUUUUAGUUUUUAAAUUACUAUUUGGAAAAAUAUCUGGAAAAUGUUAUGGUUUAUUAUACUUGUUAAUUUUUAUAUUGAACUCCGAUAAUUUAGGGUGAUUGGUUAUGAAUAUUGGAAGAGGUAAGCAUUCAUUCACACCUCCCCUUUUGUUUUAGUGGCAUGUCUCUAUGAAGAGUACAAAUCAGUGUGUUCUAACAUAAGUUAAUAAAGAUGGGAAAUCCUUUUUGU